CAAGUAAGGUAGUAGUAGUGUGCGUAUUCUUUAUUGACUUUUCUGUAAAAAGUUUCGAAACGCGCAAAAAAACCCAUUUUCUCUCUCCUCUGUACUUUCCGACGAAACCACAACUUCGACGACGAUGAUUAGCGUCGAAGAUUCGAAGGCGUUGUUUUCUCUGCUAAAUUCAGAACAACGUUCUUUCGAUGAAGUUAUGGCGGAUUUCAACUCUAAAUUUCCUUCAUAUAUCCACUUCACGAUAUGCACUGCUCUAGCUACUCUUAUUGAGGACAAACCCAUGCUUCUUCCAAAUCAACGUCUACAUGCUAUUUGUAUACUCUAUCAGGCAUAUUCUUCUCAGCAACCUUCAGAAAACCCUUUUAUUUCGCUUCUGGUCAAUGCUGCAUCUGAUGAAGAAGGUGCGAAGUACGAGCGAGCAUUAAUUCUGCAAUUGUUGGGUUCAGCAUCAUCUGGCAAUGGAAGUGACAAGGAGGUUCUUAAACAGUCUGCUUCAGACUAUAUUAAAGGCUUUGAUUCUUCAUCUAUUACUUUUCCAACUCGUGAACACUUGCAAGAGCAAUUUUGCAGUAAAGUUCGUCCAGAGCCUUAUAACUGUUUAUUUAAGAAUUCCUCUGUCAAGAAAGUGAUUUCUGAUCCGGACGUGCCACCUCAAUGUGAUGCAACAUCAGAAGAAUUUGACCUCCAACCUGGAGCCAAACCCAAAAUAGGAUCUGGCAAUAGAGAUGAAGCAAUAACUGAGCUAUUACAAAAUCUCUCUCUAGAAGGGCUAGAACCUAAGUGGAUCAGGCCUCUUCCACCGAGGCUUCCUCUUCAAGACGGGGAGCUGGUUUGGCUCAACCCUGACAAUAAUCAUGAGCUUUUAUGGGAUUAUGGCAUGUGUGCGGAUACAAGUAGAGGUGCAGCUGUAAGAGAUUUAAUCGCAAAGGCUUUAAAAGGUCCGCUUGCUCCAGCGCAACAACAGCAAGUUUUAGUGGAGUUGGCAAACGACCCUAAGCUGGUCUAUCAUUGCGGGUUGACUCCAAGAAAGCUUCCGGAAUUGGUGGAAAACAAUCCUCUUAUCGCAGUUGAAGUUCUUAUCAAGCUGAUGAACUCACCAGAAAUUUCAGACUAUUUUACAGUUCUAGUCAAUAUGGAUAUGAGUCUACAUUCUAUGGAAGUUGUAAACAGGCUUACAACAGCAGUGGACCUCCCCACAGAAUUUGUGCAUAUGUACAUAACAAAUUGCAUAUCCUCUUGUGAAAACAUUAAGGACAAGUAUAUGCAGAACAGGCUUGUGAGACUUGUAUGCGUCUUCUUACAGAGCUUAAUACGUAAUGAGAUCAUCAAUGUUCAAGAUCUCUUUAUCGAAGUUCAGGCUUUCUGUAUCGAGUUCUCGCGGAUUAGAGAAGCUGCUGGUUUGUUCAGGCUACUCAAAACCUUAGAAAAAGCUGCGGACGGUUAAGUGGGGUUUAAUUCAUUGCAUUUUAUCAUCUUGACCAUCAAUCCGAAUUUUGUUUGAUCAUUCUUGUAUAUAGUGAUAUUACCUCUCAUAGAGUUUCCUGAGGUUCUUUGGUCUUUGUAUCUCUUAUUAUGAUAGGCACAGGAUUUUGCUGUAAAGAGUUUAGAGCAGGGACUGUUGUACUUCAAGCUUUUAUCUUUGGUUAUAUUGAGGAAAUUGGUAUGUAUACCAUUUCUUAUUUUUUGGCUUACCACUUCCUAGAUGAGAUUUGGAAUGACAUUAUUCCAAUUAAGGUCUUGAAAUAUUGAUUUCCAAAGUCAACCCAUUGUCUUGCACUUUGUA